UACGUCACAGUGAGCUUGCUGGCUUGUCAAACUGUGAAAGCCGAAGUCCUGCAGCACGAAGGAAAUAAACUUGUUUACCCUUUCAGCCCUUUCAGAGAUUUUAUUUAGUGCCUGCGAGGAAGCACAAACUCAGACAUAACCCACAAUGGCCUUGAGAAGCGCAGCUGUGCGUCUGCUCCAGCCCAUCCAAAGGGGGGCGCUGUUCCGCGCUGUCAGAGCGCAGGGCACCGCCGCCGCUCAGAGGGAGACAGAGGUGAAGACGGACAAACCCAGCAAAACAACCAAGGCGCAGAUGGACUGGCGUGAUGCCCUGGACCUGGAGAGCCAGCUGACAGAGGAGGAGACCAUGAUCAGGGACACAAUCCGGACGUACUGCCAGGAGAAACUGAUGCCGCGCAUUCUCAUGGCUAACCGGAACGAAGUUUUCCAUCGGGAGAUUGUGUCCGAGAUGGGAGAGCUCGGAGUCCUGGGCCCGACGAUCAAAGGUUACGGCUGUGCCGGGACCAGCUACGUGGCGUAUGGCCUGAUCGCGCGGGAGGUGGAGCGAGUGGACAGCGCCUACCGCUCCGUGAUGAGCGUCCAGUCGUCCCUGGUCAUGCACCCGAUCUCCGCGUACGGGUCCGAGGAGCAGAAGAAGAAGUAUCUGCCCAGGCUGGCCAAGGGGGAGAUGCUGGGCUGCUUCGGGCUGACGGAGCCCAACCACGGCAGCGACCCGAGCAGCAUGGAGACCCGCGCCCGCUACAACUCCUCCAGCCAGACCUUCACCCUGAACGGCUCCAAAACAUGGAUCACCAACUCCCCCGUCGCUGACCUGUGCGUGGUGUGGGCCAGGUGCGAGGACGGCAAGGUGCGGGGCUUCCUGCUGGAGCGCGGCAUGAAGGGGCUGUCCACGCCCCAGAUCGAGGGCAAGUUCUCCCUGCGGGCCUCUGCCACCGGCAUGAUUCUGAUGGACGACGUGGAGGUGCCCGAGGAGAACCUGCUGCCCAAUGCCAGCGGCCUGGGGGGUCCCUUUGGGUGCCUGAACAAUGCCCGCUACGGCAUCGCCUGGGGUGCGCUGGGCGCAGCAGAAUUCUGCUUCCAUGCGGCUCGCCAGUACACCUUGGACAGGAUCCAGUUCGGUGUGCCCCUGGCGCGCAAUCAGCUGAUGCAGAAGAAGAUGGCCGACAUGCUGACAGAGAUCACGCUGGGCCUGCAGGCUUGUCUGCGGCUGGGGCGCCUCAUAGAAGACAAGAAGGCUGCGCCAGAGAUGGUCUCCAUGCUGAAGCGCAACAGCUGCGGAAAAGCGCUGGAAAUCGCGAGGCAGGCCCGCGACAUGCUGGGGGGCAACGGCAUUGCCGAUGAGUACCACAUCAUUCGCCACGUUAUGAACCUGGAGGCCGUCAACACCUACGAGGGGACUCAUGACAUCCAUGCGUUGAUCUUGGGCAGAGCAAUUACUGGGCUGCAAUCCUUCACCGUCCAGAAGUAGAUCUUCAGACUCUUUGGGAGAAGAACCAGGUCCAGAGAUUCUUAAUUGUUCCCAAAAAGGCUUCCAAUCUGGAAUCUACUGAAAUUUUGUUUUAAUCUGAAACUGUAUAGAACUUUUUUUCCCCAUGAAAUCAAGUUUGGAGUUUGGACUUCUGUUCUAUUUAAAAUACGCACAUCCACGAUUCCUCUCGAGACUGUUAGUGCCGAUCGUUGCUUCAAAUGUAAAAGAAAAUCAGGUGGGCUCUAGCAGAAUAUAAGCUUUUGUUCUUAUAAAUUUCUUUGUGACUUGAGAGCUCACUGAAAAUAACUUGUUUUGUGUACUGUGGUCUGCCAAGCAUUAUAAGUUUAAAGAUUAUUUAAAUGUAAAACCAUAUUUUUUCUGCAAUAAAUGUUGUCAAGUUUUAUUUUUGACUGAUAGUGCAUCGAUCAUCUUACUUAAUAACUUAGCAGAACUUUAUUUUUGAAAAAACAUUAAGUUACUGAUUAUGUGUAAGAGAAAAAGCUGCCUACAUUGUGCACUUUAGAAUUUACUGUUCUACAGUUUCCACCACUUCCUCACUAAUCUAAUCUGUUUUGAAAGAACUGGAUUUUGUUGACUGUUGGAGGAUUCUAUUUUGUCUAAAAUAAAACACUUCAUGCAA